CUCGUGGUACGAGCAAAAGAGGAAGAAGCAGCUUGUGGCUGGGGCUGAGGACCUGGUAGAUCCGGAUCCAGCUCCAGACUCCUGUGCAGACCCCGCGAGCGGCAUCGCUUGAGCUGUGCCACGCUUCCCGGGUUGCAGAGCAGAGCAGAGCAGAGCUCCCUUUGGGCGCUUGUACACGUGACGAAUUCGAUGUUGCAGGACGGGGCCUCUAGGAAAGCAGUCAGGGCUGUCCUGGAGGAUAAUGCAACGAGUAGGAUCGAGAGCCUUGGAGAAAGAGGAACCCUCCAGCAUCAGAGCCCCCCCUGCGGCGACAGGCCCCGAGCCUGAUUUGCCGUACGAAGCUCAACCCCCGGUUGCAGACCUAGGAUCUGUCUUUUCUCAGCCGACGGUGCUGUAGACGCGGGAAGAGCCCAGAAGGAUUUUCUCUCUUGAGUUCGGUGUCGGAGGCUGCGCUGGCGGGGCGGGGGGUGGGGGGAGACUGCAUGCACUUUGCCUUUAACAGGCUGCGGGCCAAGGCUCCCAGCUCGCAGGCAUAUAUGCAUUGGCAGUGUAACAAUAUCUCCACGUGAUUGCAAUGAAAGGCUUCGCAGAGAGGGAGGGAGGCAGGCAGGCAGGCGAGGAAGGCGCUCACAAAGGCUCCCAAGCGCCUCUAGGCACUCGCCCCGAGCCGGCACCAGCUGGGAUGUGAGGCUGCCCCCAGGGGUGCGGGGUCCCGGCUCGCUCGCCUCGCCUGCUCCCGGCCCCGCCAGGUCCAGGGGAAACCUGCCCAACAUGCCCGAGCAGAUCAGCGUGUCGGAGUUUCUGGCCGUGACUGCCGAGGACCUCAGCUCCCCGGCCGCCUCGGCCUUCACCUCCAAGAUGCAGAAGUGCCGGGGAGCUGCCAGUGCCCUGGAAGAGAGCCUGGAGGGGGACCACGCCGUUCUCCAGAGGAUCAGGAAGUACGUGAAAGCGAUCCACGGCUCCGGGCUCACGCACGUGGAGAACGAGGAGCAGUACAGCGAGGCCCUGGAGAACUUCGGCAAUAACCACCUGGCCCAGAACAACCACGAGCUCUCCACGGGCUUCCUGAACCUGGCCGUGUUCACCCGGGAGGUGACGGCGCUCUUCAAGAACCUGGUGCAGAACCUGAACAACAUCAUCUCCUUCCCUCUGGACAGCCUGCUGAAGGGGCAGCUGAAAGACGGCCGGCUGGACUCCAAGAAGCAGAUCGAGCGCGCCUGGAAGGAUUACGAGACCAAAGUAGCAAAGCUGGAGAAGGAGAAGGAGCGAACGCGGAUCGCGGGCGUCAUCCAGACCGAGCUGUCGGCCGUGGAGAUCACCGAGGACACGCAGAAGGAGCGCCGCCUGUUCCAGCUGCACAUGUGCGAGUACCUGCUGAAAGCCAGCGAGAGCCAGAUGAAGCAAGGCCCAGACUUCCUGCAGAGCCUGAUCAAGUUUUUCCACGCGCAGCACAACUUCUUUCAAGACGGCUGGAAAGCGGCGCAGAACCUGCACCCAUUCAUUGAGAAGCUCGCUACCUCCCUGCACGCACUGCAGCAGGCCCAGGAGGAGGAGGUGAAGCAGCUCACGCAGAUCCGCGACUCUCUUCGCAGCACCCUGCAGCUGGAGAACAAGGAGGAGAACCUGAGCAGGAAGAACUCGGGCAGCGGCUACAGCAUCCACCAGCACCAAGGGAACAAGCAGUACGGGACGGAGAAAUCGGGCUUUCUCUACAAGAAGAGUGACGGGAUCCGGAAGGUGUGGCAGAAGAGGAAAUGCGGCGUGAAGUACGGGUGUCUCACCAUAUCGCACAGCACGAUAAACCGGCCUCCCGUGAAGCUGAACCUGCUGACGUGCCAAGUGCGGCCGCACCCCGAGGAGAAGAAGUGCUUCGACCUCGUGACCCAUAACAGGACGUACCACUUCCAGGCGGAGGAUGAGCACCCCCCACCCAGCUGGGUGUCCGUGCUCCAGAACAGCAAAGACGAAGCCCUCAGCAACGCCUUCAAGGGAGGCCCCGGCAGCUGCAUGGCCUCGGCCAGGGGGGCGGCCGAUGGCAGCCUGCAGGAGCUCACCAAGCUGGUCAUCGGUGAGGUCAAGAGCCUGCCGGGCAACAGGCAGUGCUGCGACUGCGGGGCCCCAGAUCCCACAUGGCUCUCCACCAACCUGGGCAUCCUGACGUGCAUCGAGUGCUCGGGCAUCCACCGCGAGCUGGGCGUGCACUAUUCCCGCAUCCAGUCCCUGACCCUGGAUGUUCUCAGCACCUCUGAGCUGCUGCUGGCAGUCAGCGUUGGGAACGCCCGCUUCAACGAGAUCAUGGAGGCCACGCUGCCGGCGCAGGGGAACCUGAAGCCAUCAUCAGGCAGUGACAUGAGCGCCAGGAAAGAAUAUAUCGUGGCCAAAUACAUGGAGCGCAAAUUCGUGCAGAAGACGGGCAGGGAAGACCCUCACCGGCUCUGGGAGGCUGUCCGCAGCCGGGAUGUCUUGGCGCUGCUCCAGGCAUUUGCAGAAGGGCACGACCUAGGCAAACCUCUGGCAACCCCCGACGGCCAGGACCAGGGCGAGCUGGCUCUGCACGUGGCCGUGCGAUAUGCAGACAAGUCCUCCCUGCCGCUGGUGGACUUCAUCAUCCAGAACGGGGGGAACCUGGACAAGGCAACCCUGGAUGGGAGCACGGCCCUGCACUACAGCGCCCAGUACAACCAGCCCAACUGCCUCAAGCUGCUGCUGAAAGGGAAGGCAGCUCUCAGCCCAGUGAACACGGCCGGAGAGACAGCCUUGGACGUGGCAAAGAGACACAAACACACCGAGUGCGAGGACCUGCUGGAGCAGGCGCAGGCCGGGAAGCUGAACCUGCAGCUGCACGUGGACUACGACUGGGAGGCCCCGCAGGAGUACGCCUACGACAGCGAGGAGGAGCUGGAGGAGAAGGUGAGCCCGCUGCAGCGAUCGUUCAAGUCCACGUCGUCGCCCACCACGGGUCAGCCCGGCCUCGCCUCCCAGAACCGGUGGAGCUGCACGGGCAUGGACAUCACCAACAAGACCUACGAGACCAUCCUGGUCCCCUCGCGGCCCAGCCCCCGGCGCUCAAACAGCGAGGAGAUUCCCCCGCCGCUGCCGGUCAAAAACCCUGCCAGGGGGGGCCCCCGCACCAAGCCCGAGCUCCCACGCCAAACCUCCGAGCCCCAAGCCAGCAGCCCACUGGAGGCCCCCGCCGUCCGAAACCUGUCCACAUCCAGCGCUCCUGGCACCUUGGACAGUGGAGCCGGCCGGCAGCUCUCCGCCUCCCUGAGCCCCACGGAGACCUGGCGCGCGGCCUACUGGGAAACCCACGCGGAGACGGAGAGCAGCGCCCAGCGGAGGGGGGCUGAGACCAGCCAGGCCACGGUGCCACCGCCGGAGGCUGGCACGUCCCCGGAGCAAGUGCAGCUCAACCCUGUCAAGUUCAGAUCAGAGAGCACCCGCUCCUACCGGCGCAUCAGCGGCAGCACAGGGGGCAAAGCCCCCAGCUCGGCCUCCGCCCCGCACAGCUCAGCCACCCCCGAGGACCUGCCUCUGAGCAAGGCGCCAAGUCCUGCCCCUGUGCCCAUGCCCAGGAGGUUUGCUCCGGCCAAGGUGAGGCAGAAGAGGGUGAAGGCUCUGGUGGACUGCAAGGGCGACCGAGCCCGGGAACUGACCUUCUCCAAGGGCGAGGUGAUCGUGGUGACCCGUGAGGAGGAUGAGCAGAGCUGGGUCGGCUUCAUCGAAGGAGACGGCUCCAGAACGGGCGUCUUCCGGGCCAGCUCCGUCCACCUGCUGCAGGACUGAAGGGUGUCCGCCUCCCUUCUCCUGCAGCGCGGAGGGGCGGAGAGCUCUCCUUGGACCUGGCUCGCUGCGCCCUCACCCGAGCCCUGCGUGCUCCUCGCUUUCCUCACCCCCUCCUGACCUGGCCCGCCGGAGACUGGGCACUGCAGCACGUGGGGCUGGAGCCGGAGCCGGAGCCAGGUGGAAACCCCCCGCUGUGAUCCUUCUCUUGGACAGCAUCGCUUUAGGACCAGCGUGGGUCUCUCGUGCUGGGUCAGGCUGGCUCUGCCCAGCCUUGCAGCUUGCUGGAGGAACCGGACCGCAGGGUCCCGUGUCUGAAUCAGCCUGGGAGAAGCCCCCUGGCCCUGGCAGAGCUGAGGGCAUGGGGGGUGGUGAGCUGACCAAGGGGUUUCAGACUCCUGGCCGCAGCCGGUUAGGAAGCAGAGAACCGGCAAGCUCGGUGCACAGGUGGGGUAAUAGUUUUUCACCUCUCCAUCCGUCCCGUCCUUCGCCUGCUUUGUAACUCCAAGGAGGAACGUGGACUCCUGCUCUCUCCUCCGGGGGCUUCCUUAGGGCUGUUUGAGGUGGGGUUCGCCUGCCUCUCACCACCCUCCCCUGGUGUGAACGUGAGAGCCCUGCUGGGCCUGGGGGCUGCUGGGGGCACCUCCUUCCCCUGCCCCAGUCCUGCAGCACCCCCGGCUCAUAAAGGCAGGGCAGGGGAGGUCCGUCCUGCCGUGGGAGUCCUUCCUGUGGCCACCCGAGGGGCUACCCCCAUGCUCCUGAUUGCUGGUCCCCUUUCCUAGCGACCCCCCCAGACAGAAGAAUGUAUCAGCACGACCGCCCCGUCACGACUGCCUUCCCCACCGCCCGGCGCGUCCCCGCGAUGCUCCAGGCCAGCGUGCCUAUGGGGGCUACAGAAACCGGUGUGCCCGUAGCCACGUGGGCUGCUAAGCUUGGGGCACCCGACUGUGACCCCCGUGCUGAGUCCAGUGCCUGGGGUUGGACUAAAGCAUUUCAAUUCCUAUGAGACCAAACUGUUAGGGGGGAGGGCAUGGCUCAUGUCAUGCAAAGGGUUAAUCCCCAGGAUCGCCCCCUUCCCCACUUCUCCAAAUAGCCCAGGAACUGCCUGUGGCCCUUUCUGUUUCCUGCCGCAGGAAAUGAGGUUGCGAUGUCUUGGCCCCGCGGCUCUGCCGUUCCUCCCUGCUCCGGGACGAUGGAGACCCCGGUCUCCUCCGGCAGCAGCCCCUCGGUUGCCCUUGAGUUGUCCGUGCCCUGCCUCCUCAGUGCAAAUACUUGAAGGGAAGGCAAGGAGCUGGGCAGGUGCCUCACUCCUGAUCCUUACCAGAGGUGCCCAGAUGGCCCUCUGCCCCCGUCGGUGGCACGCACCCAGGAGGAGCCGACCUGGGCAUCCAGUGGCACCAAGGAUAACCCAGCUUCAUGUCUCCCAUGCAUCUCCUCCACCCACCCUGGAACUGUGAAACACUAUUUUUUUUAACUAGGAAAGUGCUAUUUUUGGUGCUCACAGCCACUUCCGUGUCACGCCAGGCUCAGACCGGAGUUGGGGGGCAGCUGGAUUUGGAUGCAGACGUCUUUCAGCCCCGUGGCUGGAGGAUGUUGUUGGGUAGCGGAGCCUGGCCCGGGUUUGAGAGCCGUGGCUGGAGCGAGGCGUCUCUAUUGAGGCUCAGGGGAAGAUACAGACCCGGUGGUUCUCCAGACGUUCAGGUACAGAUUUGGAUCUGGAUUAUGACCCCACUUCCCAAAGGCCUGGGGCGCUGGUUGAAGGCCCUUUUGAAUGUACAGAUUUUCCACCGCCGCCUCUUUUCAAUCCCACUAGGCUCAGAGACAGCCAGGGAGUCUCUGUCCCUUGCCGAAAAGGGGUCAGGCUGCUACUUGGUUCUGCAAUCACUAGGACCAAUGCUUCCUACUCGUACGCGCUUCCCUGGGGAUAUGUGGGAUCAAACCGCCUUAUGUUAUAAUUGUAAAGGGGCUUUUUUUCACUGAAUAUUUCAUUGCAGAAGGGGCAUUUUAUUGCUUUCCCUUUUGAUUUGGAAUAAAAUUGAUUUAAAAAAAAAAAUAAA